AGACAAAGAUCGUUGCUUAUACUAAUAUUGUUUUUUAAAACAAUUAUAGAAUCAAAGAGAUAUGCGUCAUGCAGAAAGCGAGAAUUGCCGUAGCGUUUUACCAAAGAGUUUACAGAAGAAGACUAUUGAAAAAUCAACUAACAUUGCACAAAAGGCAGCACAGGAAGCGAAGGCCGCGUCUGAAGCACAGAAUAUCGUUGGUCAGCAAGCAGCACGUCAAGUGAAAGCUCAAUUGGCAGAGAAGGCAGUUCAAGCUGCAAAAGCCGCUGAAGCAGUCUUACCGGGUAAGGAAGCGAUGGUUGAACAGCUGCGAAAUGAGGUGAAAGAGGCACGAUCGGUAGUCCGAGAAGAAACAUCUUCUUUACAACAAGCACAAGCUAACGUCAAUGUCGCAGUUCAAGCGGCGCAGCAAUCACAAGAUCAGUUGAAAACGUUGACGAAUGCAAUACGUAUGGCCAAAUCGAAUGCAGCAAGCACGCAGAUAGUUGCGAGCGGGGCGCAGAAAUCGCUACGAGAAAAAGAGGAGCUACUAGAAGCGGCCAAGAGACGAGUGGAUGAGUUAUUGAAUCAAUUACAAAGUGCCCGACAAGAUCUUGCAAAUACAAAUCGUGCAGUGGCUAAAGCCAAUGCUGCUGCGAAUGAGGCGAAGAUAAAUGCUGCUAGAAACAAAAGAAAAUUGGCGCAUCUCAGAAAAUUGCGUGCAGCGCACUUAGGUAUAUCGCGAGCUUCUUAAGACAUAUUAUCACAAUGGACCAUUACAUUAAGAUUUAUUAAAUAUCAAUUACAAAACUAAUGUCAAUUGCUAACAAUAAACUUAUUUAAUGUAAACUGAAUAGACAAAU